AUGGUGGUCAAGGCUUCAGACACUUACGCCGACAUCGUACGGCGAAACACGCGGCUGCACAGCGUCCGACAGAAAUCAGGGGUUACUUCUCAACAAUCAAAAGACGCAAAUGACACCUCGCUCUGCGUGCAAGCCCGAAAGAGUUCCCAAACUCAGUCGCCCUCUUGUCCGUUGUUCCUGUUGCGUGCCGCGAUGAGUACCGAAACAGAGACAUUUGACCCAGACCUGCUGCCUAAUGUGCCAAGGAUGGAGUUUAUCGCGGACGUCGAUCAGUAUAUGGCGAUGCACGGCACUGAUGGUACCGAAAAGGCGAUGGCGAAGCUUGAAGACAUGCAUCAGCGGUACAAACUGAUUGAGGAAAGCAUCUACCAGAAAAAGUUGCGCCUUCGCGACAAAAUCGAUGAUCUCGUAAGUUCGGGCCAGCUGGUCGACGUCGUUCAUAAUCAUAAGAAGCAGAACCUGCCCAUCGAAACUCGCUUUAUGCUCGCCGACCAGUGCUAUGUGAAAUCGACGAUUCUGCCCUGUAGCAGCAUCUGCCUGUGGCUGGGCGUAAGUUAUUCGCUUUUGCUUUUCUGGAGUCGUGAUGUCUCUUUGGGGGUCGGCCGCUUAUUUCCGGUAUUGUGCCUCUGCGCUUCCGGUGACACAUCAUGCAAUUACUCAUAA